UGCUKCUAGUGGCCAUGGCCAGAACUGAGAGCUUACUGUAUCAGAGCAGAAUGGAUGAAAGUUAGAUAAAGUUGAUGAAGAUGCAUUAAGUUCUGUUAAAAAAUACUUGUCACAUUACAUAUUGGGGGUUCUCAUGAGAGAAACAAGAGUGUAUAGGUCUACUUCACCUUGAACAAGCGGAGUUUGUGCGUUUGGCUACUUCUUCCUCUUUCGUGGUACGCACUCCCCGCAUUGACAAAGAGMACAGAUCCAGUGCGCGGUAGGCUACAGCGGGAAGGUCUCCUCUGCAGCCUCAGCUCUGUCCAGACAGAGAGAGCCAAUAAAGGCCAGGGCCACUGGUGUGUUGUCUACUUUCCCACUGCAUCAUGGGUAACUUCUCCAGCAAGGACUGCCAUGGACCCACAGGGCCCAACUUGGAUGUGUUUCACACCCCCCCUACUUCUCCAGUGACCUCCACCCUGCCUGCUCUCACUCAGAUCACACCCUCUACACCAGGCCAGCCGGUCCCAGCCKCAGCUCCGGCCCCAGCUCCAGCCCUAAGUGGGAAGAGACUACUACCCUCCCUGCCUGUCAGCCCAGGCUACUCUGUGAUUGGUCCUGGGUUUAUCUCCCUGCAGGGCAAGACAGGAAGUGAUGCAGCAGCGCCUGAAAGGCYGGUUGUGAUGGGGCUUAAUGGAGGCCCCACCUGCUCUACUCCCAGGAGUCCUGUAUCCCAGGGGAAUAGCUCAACGAUUAGCCCCACCAAGAGUCCUCCAUCUCUGGAUAGCCCCUUGUUUUCAGCRGGCCCGGUCAGCCCCUCUGAGCAUAGCUGGAAGGAAAAGGACAGUGGGCUGAGCACAUCCAUGCUGGAGGUCCAUAGGACGGCAGACAACCAGGGAGAGCUGGAGAGACUGGUGGAGGAGUGUAGGUCAGCACUGGGUCUCAGCCCCAGUCAGAAUGCUGCACUGAGCAGCGCGGAUGUAUUGAAGCAUCUGCUGGUGGAACGUCAGAAGUUGACCGUAGAGGUCCAGAGUCUGAGGGAGACCAUGCAGACUGAGAGAGGGGAGUGGCAGCAGUUUCAGUCUGACCUGCAGGUGGCAGUAGCGGUGGCCGACCGGCUGAGGGCCGAGGCCGAAGAGGAGCUGGGCGUGCUCAGAACGGCUCAGAAAGAUACAGAGCGAGAGCUGGCGGCUGCCCAGCAGAGAUGGAAAGAGACUGAUGGGCAGCUGGUCAUCCUGAGAAGAGAGCUUAAGGAGAGCAGGCAGAGACUGGCCAACCUCACCCAGAACCAGGGGCCAGGACAGGCCAAGACCCAGGGCAAGGAGAGUACCACUGGGGAGAUCAGCACACCUGAGCCCCAGGAGGGAAGCCACCGGGGCAGGGAGAGGGGAAUCAGCAGGGUGGGCCAAGGAGGAGAUGAAGAGAUGGGGAAGAGGAGCCAGGAAGAAGUGAAUAAGAAUGUGGUUGUGGAAGAGGCUAGGACGGACACUAAGGUCGUCGCCAACCGGUACUUGAUGAAGGUGACCAAUGAGGAGAGGAGUGGAGAGGGGCGUGAUGUGAGGGAGACGGGGCGGAUGCUCGCACAGGAGAGGUCAAGGUGA